ACACUUCCUCCUGCAAAAUUGCCUGUGUUAUUGGGGGGCUUUGAUGAGUGGCAGUUAGUUGGUGACCUACCUUCUGCAGUGGCUGUUGAUAGUGGGCGGGGCGCGGGCGAGGACGAGCCGGCCAGCGCCGCGGCCUCCGUCUCCGCCAACCCAUCAGCCGGCGGUCGUGGACGAGGGUACCUUCCGGCGCAGCUUCGACGGCGUCCGUCUUCUGCAUGCGGGAGAUCGAGGGGCGGCCGGCGGCGGUCCGCGACACCGUCGGCGACCCAGCCAAGCACUGGAGUCGACGCGACGCGGCGCCAGGGCGCGCUGGUGGUGGCGCGUCGCGGAGUAGCUGCCCAUAGCGCCGCCAGAGAGCGCCGCAGUGCACAGCGUUCCCUUGCCUUGCAGAUCGGCCUCUCGAUGGCGUACGUGUCAGAGCGGCUGCGCGCUCAUACAAAACCAGUCCAGAACUCCGCCAAGGCGCUGGCGUCUGGUGCCGCCGCCAGGCCGCGAGCUGGCGUCGUUCAAGUCGCGCGACACCCGGCGCGCGUGCGCCGAGCUGCUGGCGCUGCUGCUGACCGGAUCAAGCAAGAACCUGAGGAGCACGUUUGGAAUUCACAAGUUAUUUCAGUUGACAUGUCCUUAAAGAGUGAAGUGAAAAUUGAAGAUCAUGAUGUUGAUGGAUGUGGCGAGGACGAAAAUGGCGAUGUUGAUGAGGAGAUUAGGCCUCCAGAGGCAGUGUUUAUAAAACAAGAGAUGGAUUGGGAACAACAAGAAGAAGAAGACGAGGAGGAGGGAGAGGCGUCCUUUCCAAUGAAUGGGGAGGAUUUCAAUGAAGCGAAAGAUGGAAGUAUAGGGUUACUGGAUGGAACACCCAGUCUGAAAUUGGAGGGACCUGCUGGUAAACAACGUGUCUGCACCUGCUCUAACAUCGUCUCCAAUGAUGAAAGCGAUGACUCAACCCUAAUAAACCCAGGAGGAACGUCAUCCAAGCAUCAUCCCUGUAAGAUGUGUUCAUCAGGUAAAACCUCGAAAGUUUCCGGGCAAAAGAAGAAUAAUCGGAUGUAUGAAUGCUCCAUAUGCCAUAAGCGUUUUAAACAAAGAGCAUAUUUGGCUGCACACACGCGAAUACACACAGGGGAACGACCCCUUCAGUGCCAUAUCUGUCUAAAAGACUUUACGUAUAGGCAGGGUUUGUAUAAACACAUGUUGACACACUCUGAGGAAAGGCCACACAGUUGCUCAGUCUGCCAGAAAAGCUUUAGGAAAAGGGAACAUUUAGUUGGGCACAUGCGCACACACUCAGAGGAAGCACCAUAUCCUUGCACAAACUGUGAGAAGAGCUUCAAAAGGAAAGAACAUUUACUGAAACACUUGAGGACACACACAGAGGAAAGGCCGCAUCAUUGCUCAGUCUGCGAGAAGUCAUUCAGAGAAAAAGCAGUUUUACUUAGGCACAUGGAGUUGCAUACUGAAGGAAUGUACGCUUGUUCCAUUUGCAAGAAAAUAUUCAGAGACUUUGCUAAGCACAUGCGAUUUCACUCUGCUGAGAAAGUGUGUGAAUGUCCCGUGUGCCAUUUGAGCUUCAAAGUGAAAGAGUUACUCAACCACUUGAGCACACACACACAGGGGAAGGACCUCAAUGCAAGGACAGUCUCGCAAGAGACCGUUUAGAUCCAAACAUUAGAAAAUGUGGACAGUUGCUCCACAUUUCUAAAUGGCUGUGGCAAGAGAAUAGGUUUGUCAACUCUCUGCCUAGAAUUGAAUACGUUUCAGGUUUGUUCUCACAAUUCUUGCAUACAGCACUAUGAAUGACACACCAGCCUUUUUUUGGCCAAGAUGGCAAACAAUUUCAAAGUUUUGUAAGCAGCUGAUGUCAAGUCCUGUCAUUUUUCAUGUGGUGUAGAAAGAGAUUUGUAGUAAGAAUACAUACUAACACUCUGAUUUAAACACAGUGGUACUUGGAGGUCAUGAGCUGGAAGGGGAGACAUUGAUCUCCAACCAGGAGGUCCAAUACCAAAUAUUAAAGGAAUCGAUAUCCGUGUCCCCUCUCCUUCCAGCUCAUGACCUUUAAGGGCCACCUCAUGUUUAAAUCGAAGUAUAAAAAUUAUCUUUAGUAUUCUUAGUGUAAGAAUUAUAAUGCGAGUAAUUUGAUAUUUUACAAUCAGUAUUGUGAAGAACCAGCUGAGGUAUUCACUACUUAUAUAAUGUGUGUUUGAAAACAAGCAUUCAUCCCUGGGUUAAGUUCUAUAAUUAGCAAUCACUUACCACCACCACAACAACAACAACAAAAACAAAUAACAACAGCCCGAGUUGGUUUUCCCAAUAGCUUUAUGGUGACCUACCAAGAAAUUAUCUUUAGACGUAAACAAAUAUACAAUUAUGACGUACUUGCAGGAAAGGAAUCCCAUUAUCCUUAAUUAUUGUUUGAAUGGGUAAGAAUUGGAAUAUGUACCUUCAUUUAAAGUUCAUCAUUGUUAUUUCAAAUGUAAUAAUUAUAAAUGUCAUUGCCAACAAUAGUCAACUAUUGUUGGCAAUGACAAUGUUUAUAAUUAUUUCAUGAAAAAUGCCAACGAUAACGCACCACAACACCUGUAUUUCAAAUGUACCAAC